CUUGAAACGUACUUCAGGUUUCGCCAUUUUGUAUUGAUGAUACAAGGCAUAUAGACUAGAACUACGGACAACAGAGUUUCAGCUGCUUCUUUGAAGUAUAUUAAUCACCAUGGAAAAAAGAGUGGCGAUUGUUGGAGCUGGAGUAAGUGGCCUUCUUGCCUGCAAGUAUGCCCUGGAGAAGGGUUUCCAAGUUAAUGUGUUUGAAGCUGAGAACACCAUUGGAGGAGUUUGGGCUCAUACUAUAGAUUCUACAAAACUCCAAAACAUUAAAGAAGCUUACCAGUUUUCUGACUUUCCAUGGCCUUCGUCGGUGAAAGAAAUUUAUCCCAGUCGCUCUCAGGUGAUGGAGUAUAGUGAAUCUUAUGCACGGAAUUUUGGCAUCUCGUCUUACAUCAAGUUCAAUUCCAAGGUCUUAAGCAUAGAUUAUGUUGGAGAGCCUUAUGAACAGAUUGAAUCGUGGCAUCUCUGGGGAGGAACCGGAAAGCCCUUUGGCUCCAAAGGAAAAUGGCACCUCAAAGUGCAAGAUGUCAAGAGCUGCAACAUUGAGGUUUACCAAGCUGAGUUUGUUAUUCUUUGUAUCGGGCAAUUCAGUGGCCUCCCAAAUAUCCCAGAUAUGCCUCCAAAUCAAGGCGUUCAAGUGUUCAAUGGCAAGGUGUUGCAUUUCAUGGACUACGCUGCUAUGAACAGCUCAAGUGCUGAAGAAUUAGUGAAAAAUAAGAGAGUUGCUAUUAUUGGUUCAGGUAAAUCUGCAAUGGAUUUAGCCGCACAUUGUGCAAAUAUAAAUGGAGCAAGGUACCCUUGCACGAUGAUUCAAAGGACUGCUCGUUGGGUUCUUCCUAAUGACAAUAUUAGUGGAAUUGCUCUGGGUCUUCUAUACUGCAAUCGUAUCUCAGAGUUUUCAAUUCAUAAGCCUGGUGAAAAAUUUCUGCUAGAAUUAUUGGCAACCUUGCUCUCACCAUUGAGAUGGGGUAUCUCCAAGCUUGUUGAGUGCUAUCUUAGAUGGAAACUCCCGCUAAAGAAAUAUGGAAUGGUCCCCAAAUACAGCUUUCUUCAGAAUGGUUUUUCAUGUCAGAUAGCAGCGCUACCAGAAAAUUUCUUUAACAAAUUGGAAGACGGAAGCAUCGUUAUUAAAAAUUCACCAGUCUUUGGCUUUUGCAGGGAAGGUUUGUUCCUCGACAACAAGGCUAGGCCCCUCGAAACAGAUAUUGUUAUUUUUGCUACUGGAUUCAAGGGUGAUCAAAAGCUUAAGAAUAUUUUUGCAUCUCCAAUUUUCCAACAAUAUAUAAUGGGGUCACCAACUUCUAUACUUCCUCUCUACAGGCAAAUAAUUCCACCUCGAAUUCCACAAUUGGCCAUAAUAGGAUAUGCAGAGAGUCUAUCAAAUUUGGCUACCUCUGAAAUAAGAUGUCAAUGGCUAGCACAUUUCCUUGGUGAAAACAUGGACUUGCCUUCUGUAAGAGAGAUGGAAAAGGAUGUAAAAAUUUGGGACAAGUACAUUAAACAAAAUGCUAACAAGUAUUUCAGGAGGUCUUGUAUUGCUGGAGUCCAGAUAUGGUACAAUGACCAAUUAUGCAAGGACAUGGGAUGUAAGUCAAGAAGAAAGAAAGGAAUGUUUGCAGAGUUGUUUGAACCAUAUGGGGCAGCGGAUUAUGCAUGUCUUACAGCUGAGAUACCAGUACGGAUUCAUUGAUGAUGUGCUGAAGUGGAGAAACAAGCAAAUAAAGAGAUUGACGAAAAAUAAAGAAAUUAGAAGGGGUAAAAGUAUUCAAGUUAACUAAGUUGAACAAGUCAAAGCUGUCAUAAGACUUUCUAAGCUUAAAUUUGGUAUUUCAUUUUUAGAUCUUUUAAUUUAAAUUUCCUAGCCUUGAGCUGCUAGAUUUGAUAAGUUUUUUACUUUGAUUUGCUUCUGCUACAUUGGAUAAGCUUCGCUACUUGAUGCAUUAUUAGACACUUUCUGAAGUUGGAGUUGUUGCUCCAAUGACUUGGCCUACUGCUACAUUAAUUUAGUUUGAUCUGUUGCUGUA